GAAUCACCGAAACACCAACCAGAAUUCACUUCUCUCUCGUGCCUAGUCAAUUCCAAAUCUGAAGCUAUUUUCGGAACUACAUGUAGAGCCGCAUUUGGAAUAACUAGAAAAUUUCAAUCCUUUCGUCUUACUAAAGUCUACACACUUGACUUUGUGACUCGACAUAUUUCUCGUUAGUUCUUGUGUUAUUAUCAUAAGAAGUAGUACGACAGCCUUCCUCCCGAACGCCUUCCGAGCCUGCCGAUACGUACAUAAACCGACCUAAUCGCCCUCCCUUACCUUUUUGUCCUACUAUUCCCUUUAAAAUACCACCAAGCUGUUUUCACGAACAAUAAAAAGAACACUUUGCGCAGGCGCAUCCGUAGUUCCGGCCUUAGCACUUGCAUCUAACGGUCUUCAGAAAUACACAGGACAAUCAAAUCAGAUACCAAAGUUAGCAAUUAGGAAAAUGCACAGCAAGGUGGUGGUUAUCGGCUCCGGGCCUGCUGCCCACACGGCCGCCAUUUACCUCGCUCGUGCCGAAUUGAAUCCCGUUCUGUACGAGGGUUUCAUGGCCAAUGGUAUCGCUGCUGGUGGUCAAUUGACAACUACAACCGAUAUCGAAAACUUUCCCGGUUUUCCUAAGGGUAUUAUGGGCGGCGAGUUGAUGGAUGCUAUGCGACAACAAUCCGAACGAUUUGGUACCAAGAUCAUCACCGAAACCGUUGCCAAGCUCGAUCUUUCCCAACGACCAUUCAAGUACGAGACGGAGUGGUCACCUGGUGAGGUACACACCGCAGACGCUGUGAUUAUUGCCACAGGAGCUUCGGCCAAGCGAAUGGGUCUUCCGGGCGAGGAGAAAUAUUGGCAGAAUGGUAUUAGUGCUUGUGCUGUAUGCGACGGUGCUGUUCCUAUAUUCCGAAACAAACCCUUAGUUGUCAUUGGUGGUGGAGAUAGCGCUGCCGAGGAGGCCACAUUCUUGACGAAAUACGGUAGCCACGUGACAGUUCUCGUACGAAGAGAUCAACUACGAGCCAGCAGCAUUAUGGCGCAACGACUAUUAAAGAAUCCCAAGAUCACCGUCAGAUACAAUACUCGGGGUGUCGAAGUUAGGGGAGAUGACAAAGUGAUGACCCAGAUGGUCAUUGAGGACACCGUCAGCGGAAAGCGACAGCUAAUAGAGGCCAAUGGUCUUUUCUAUGCCAUCGGCCACGACCCGGCCACGACUUUGGUCAAAGGGCAACUAGAUACUGAUGAAGAGGGCUACAUCAUCACCAAGCCCGGCACACCAUUGACGAGUGUUGAGGGUGUAUUCGCUGCUGGUGACGUACAAGACAAGCGAUAUAGACAGGCUAUCACGAGCGCAGGCACCGGUUGCCAAGCAGCCAUGGAUGCGGAGAAGUUCCUCGCAGAGCAUGAAGUGGAUGAACGAGAGGGAGCUGCCCAAGGCAAGCCUGAAGCCGAAAAUGGAACUAAUUGACUGAUACCCGCCAAAUUUUAGUCGCCUUCAUGGCAUAGAAUUAUGCGUCAGCGUGCUUGUUGGCAAAUAAAAUAGACAGAUACCAAAUAGAAAGAAUCAGGAGCAACUCAAUUCAAACAAAGCAGGUUUUGACAUGUCACCUGCAGGAGAAUUAUCGUUCGCACCAACAGCGAUUCUAUUCCCUUCUUUUCA